AUGCCUUCGAUUACAAAGCUCUUUAAUGGCAUAGCGCAUGCGGUGAAAAGCAAUGACUCCGGUUCACUUGCAUCUCUUAAUCCCUCGGGCUCAGGAACGGCUAGGGCUGCAGAUCUGUACCACUCUUCAAAGUGCAAUAAGAUAAAUCCAGACUCCAAUAUUAAGAUUACUAUGCUCAUGGAAUCUCCACCACUAAUGAUAUAUGGACCUCCUGAUGAAAGUUCUGGAGCCUUGUUCAAUGGAACUCUGCUACUGGAUGUGUUUCCAAGAAGUCAAGAAGAUACUAGGGAGGUGUUGGAGAGAGGCGGAUCCUCAGCCUCAGAUGUCUCUCAGGUGGCUCAGGCUAGUCAGACUGGUCAAGCUGGUCAGACUGGUCAAGCUGGUCAGACUGGUCAAGCUGGUCUGGUGGAUCAGAUGGCUCCCUCUUCACCUCCUUCUCUUUCAUCCUUUCAGUCUGCCGUUUCACUCAGUCAUCUUACAGACGAGCAACUCAAACUAGACUACGUAGAGUUACACGAAGUUAAGCUCUAUUUUAUCCAAGUAGUCAACUACAACAGACCAUUUCUUCCUAAUUCCAAUACUCUUCAAGAAUGUCGCCAAUGUCGUCGAGAGGUUAAAGAAUUGGCCUGCUGGGACGUUCUUACUAAGAGAACAGCCUUUGCUAAAGGAAGCAGUCACAGUUAUCCUUUCAGUUAUUUAAUUCCAGGAAGUGUUCCUCCAACGACUAUUCUUUCUAACUACGGCAUGUCCAUCACCUAUGAGUUGAUUUGCAAGGCCAAAUUCGUCAAUACGAAGGGUUCCGAGGACCUUAUAAACCUCUCCUUACCGAUAAUGAUCCGAAGAAGCAUUUUGAGAGGCCAUGAUCGUAACUCUCUUAGAGUAUUUCCUCCUACCGAUGUUACAGCCACGGCUGCCAUUCCUAAUGUCGCAUAUCCACGCUCCACAUUUCCUGUAGAGAUCCGUAUGGAUAAUAUAGCCACCAAAGAUCGACGCUGGAGAAUGCGAAAAUUGAACUGGCGUGUAGAAGAGAGUGUAAGAGUCAAAGCACAUCAUUGUGAUCAUCAUACUGCUAAGUAUGGACUUACAGUUAAUUUCAUCAAGCAUAAACAGAGGGGACGUAAGUUGAACAAGAAUAGUGGUGGACUUGGCAAUGCUACUUACAAUUACUUCUAUGAAGCCCCUACACAGAGAAGAGCAGACCAACGUCAGGCUGCAGCGCAGCCAAGAGAAGAAGAUCACCAUCAUCCUGCGGACCCGGAAGGUUCUUCUUAUAAUCGUCCGGAAGUGACUCCUAUUCCAUCUUUCGAUGAGGGUGAAAAUGAGGACUUUCCUAGUAACGAGGUUCAUCGUGCUACGUCUGCAACUGUAACUGCACCUGUACAUCCUCCAGAUCUUUCUCCUUUUGCUUCGAACUGGUCUCUGGGUGCAUCCAAUAGCCACGCACCACCAAGAUCGCAGAAUAAUCUUGAUGGUAUCAUGUCUUCUACCGUGACCAGCGAACUGUUAAGAGAUCAAGGUCUAGAGAGUGCUGACGAAGUAAUUGUUCCCGCAAAUCCAAGCGACAUAUCGCUAAAUUCAAAUUCACCUGAAAAACCUAAACAUCCAGAGUUAUACAUCGAAGAGAUACGUACACUCAGCUCUGGAGAAUUGAAAUCCGGCUGGAAAUCUGACUUCUCCAACAAAGGUCGGAUCGAGUUGGUGGUUGAAGUGUCUGUAAUGAAUAUGAUGUCGAUGGGAUUCAACUCUGCCAACACGAACAUUACUACAAUCACAUCUCAGAACUGUGAUUCUCCGUUGUUCGAUCCUACUACCUACUUGGAAACUGGUGCCAAUUGUUCUUGCGACAUUGAAGAUAGAGAGCUGGGUAUUUAUGUCAGCCACAAUCUCAUCAUGGAAGCAGUUGUUGCGGAAGAGUUGGUUCAGUCAUCACAGUAUUUGGGUAAGCCACUGACGGGUACUUCAACAUCUGGAACAGCAAGAGUCAUGUGUACCUUGGUGCCGGAGGAGACUCUUCCUCAGGCGCGACGCCAAACGCAGCAAAUUGAACAACUUAGAAGGCAGGCCGAGCAAAAUGCGGCGAACAGCAGUGACUCGUCUACGCCUUCUGUCCACGAUGGAGGAACUGGCCCUGAUCCUAUGCGGGGAAACAGAGACGACGCUGCCAAUCAUGCUUCCGGAGUUCCAACUGGAGUUGCUCGUGUGCUUCGGAUGCAGUUCAAGGUGGUGAUGACGGAGAGAUCUGGUCUUGGUGUUUCUUGGGAUGAUCAGGUACCUCCAACUUAUCAUGCUGUUGGUGCAUUAUCGCCUCCAACUUAUGAAGAAGCUACCUCAAACAAUAGCACGCCUUUACUAAGCUCUCUGGUGAUUGCUUUGGACGAUGGUGGACAGCAAGAUCAGUACAGUGACAUUGAUCGAGUGGUUCUCACCGAGCCUACUAUGCCUCAACAGGCUCGAAUUCAUGGCGAUUUGCAAUCAGGCUCUGUUGAUGCAAGACUUAGAAGUAUUACUAGUUCUAUGAGUCAACUCAAUAUAAGCAAAUAA